AUGACGCUCAAGAGAGCGAGCAGGCUCUUCUCUUCCUCGAAGAAGAAGGUCGACAGCGCCAACAGUCCGGCGAAUGCGCCAAGUGAAUCAGAUAAGAAGAAACGGAGAUCCGAUUCGAAACGGAUCUUUGGCUCGUUAAUAGAGUUCACGAAGAAGCUUUGCAAACGAGCUUCUUCUGAUCAAGUUCCCUUACGAUCUUACUUGUCGUGUUCCUGUUAUAAGGGGAAGAAACCAAGAGAUGAAGCGUCUACCCUGUCUUCAUCUCUUGGUUUGAAUCAGAUCAAUACGAGGUCCCACUCCCACCAGGCGACGCUGGGCUCUUGCUUUAGUUUUAGGGAUGAUACAGCAAGACCGGUUAACCGGAAUACUCGUCAGGACUCCGGUAUAUCACCUAGCGACUGUGGCACACCAGAGAGUCCAAAGGAGUUAGAAUCCCCUCAUUUUCAAGCCUUACUUCAGAUGACCAAUGCUCCAAGAAGGAUCUUUUCUGGUGACAAUAAGAGCUUUUCUCAUGAGUUGAACGCGGAAGGUGUAAGGCCUUUUCCAUUAAGUAAGCUUCAUAGGUCAAAGAGCUGGGAGGAAGUAUUUAAUCUAAUCAAGGCCAACUUUAAUAAAGCAAAGGAAGAAGUGAAUAUCGAGCUUAAAAUUUUUACUGAGUACCUGAUUAGAAUUUCUAAGGACAAUGCGGAAAGUCUUCAUGAGUUGAACGUCAUAAUUGGAGAUUUGUUGAUUUUGACACUGAAAUGUAUCAAAGUUACUACAGGAGAGUUCUGGAAUCAGUGUGAGAGGAUAGUACAAGAAUUAAAUGAUAAAUGGCGGGAGCUUCCCCAGGGUGUUCCCAAGCAGCUUCACACUCACUUGCUUUAUAUUCUUAUUAGAUGUACCAGAUUACUUCAGUUUCGUAAGGAAAGUUGGGGGCAGAAAGAAGAGUUCAUGCUUGCACUUGCCUACAUUGCAAGACAAGCAGCAAAUGCCAUAUCAGAUGAUGAUCAAUCCAUGAAGACCUGUCUUCAUAACUUGAGGCUUACCAUAGACCAGAGAAAGUUUGAUGCGCUUACAGUGGAAACUUUUGGGAUACGCAUAGAAAAGUUGAUACGGGAGAAGUAUUCUCAGCUGAACGAGAUUGUGGAUGAUGAAAAAGUUGACUUAUCAAGCACCGAAAUUGAUGAAGAUGUUGUUUUGAAAGAUGAUGUUGAACGCAGUUUGAGGACCAGAUCGGUACGUCUGCGGGACCGCAUAUCCAUAGAUGAUUUUGAGGAGAUAAAAGAAAUUAGUAGAGGAGCUUUUGGGAGAGUUGUUUUGGCUAAAAAGAGAACAACAGGAGACAUAUUUGCAAUUAAGGUUCUGAAGAAGACAGAUAUGAUCCGCAAGGAUGCUGUUAAAAGUAUAAUUGCUGAACGAAAUAUUUUGAUCAAAAUCCAGAAUCCCCUUGUGGUUCGCUUCUACUAUUCUUUUACUUCUCGCGAAAACCUGUAUCUUGUGAUGGAGUACGUGAAAGGGGGUGAUUUUUAUUCAUUGUUGAAAAAUCUGAAUUGCAUUCAUGAAACUAAUGCCCGUAAAUACAUCGCCGAAGUUGUCCUAGCUUUGGAAUAUUUACACUCUGAGGGUGUUGUGCAUCGUGAUUUGAAACCUGAUAAUAUAUUGGUUGCAGAUGAUGGUCAUGUUAAGUUGAUAGAUUUUGGGCUCUCCAAAGUUGGUCUCAUCGAUAGCACCGGUGAUCUCUCUGGUCCAAAAUUGCCAACAUCGGAGCAUAAGAUUAAAAGGCAAGAUAAGCGGUCUGCGAGGGGCACUCCUGACUACUUGGCUCCAGAAAUUCUUCGGGGGACAGGGCAUGGUGCAACUGCGGAUUGGUGGUCUGUUGGCAUCAUUUUGUUUGAAUUCAUUGUGGGGAUUCCGCCAUUCAAUGCUGAUAAUCCUGAGAAAAUAUUUGACAAUAUUCUCAAGCGGGACAUACCAUGGCCUAGUGAUCCAGAGGAGAUGACCAUUGAAGCCCGUGAUUUGAUAAAUCGGUUAUUAGCGGAAGAUCCUCAUCAGAGACUUGGAGCUAGAGGGGCAGCUGAGGUAAAGCAGCACAUCUUCUUUAAAGGCAUAAAUUGGGACACUCUACCAGAGCAGAAGGUUGAAUUUGUGCCGCAUACAGAAGAUGCUCUUGACACAAGUUACUUCCUAAGUCGCUACCCUUCGGAUAAGCGAUCUUCUCCAACCAAUGACAAUGAGAAUGGAAAGUCUUGUGAAAGUAGCCGUGGUAGCAAUGAUCACAACUAUGUGGUACUGUUUGAUGAUCCACUCCCCAUUCCUCCUAGAAAUAUUGGUGUUAACUUUUAUAGACGUGUGAUGUCCCUAAAUGGGAUCAAUAUUGAUGAACCUCAGUCAGCUGGCCAGUAUCAAUUAUCAUUUGGUGUCCAAAGGUUAGAAACAUGGAACAUCAACAACUUUGUCUCCAAGACAACAAACAAUCUAAUGUUACUUAUGAUUUUCCGUACAUGCCCAGACGUCACUAAAUCCCAACGUGCAUUGGCUCAAGACACCAACGGCUCUCUCAAUUCAAGUCACAAGACGACAGAGAAGGAAAAACAGAAGAGUGAGAAGAGGAGGACAGGCUGUGCAAAGGAGGUGAGACAAACCGUACUAUGCAACAGGUUUAAUACCUUGUUAUCAGUAGAGAGUGGUUAG